AUGGAAGGCAUAGUGAGGGUGCUGCAGGCUGCCCGCCACCUCAGCCACGCACACCUUGCCCACAGCGAACACUACGGCCUGCUGGUAAAUCACUCUGCCUGGUCACACAUGGGCCUCCUUCCCAGUCAUUGUAUCGUAAUGACAUCGUAAUAUAUGUUGAUGGCUUUGCAAUGGAUUACCUGGUGAGAUCUUAAUAUAAAUGAAUUGCUCCAAAUGAAUGUCCUGGAAACAUGGUGGUGUCAGUUCAUGAGUACUGUUUUUCUCUUUUCUGUGUGUGCGUGCUCACCUUGUGUUGACCCCUUCAGGUGCGUCUCCUAACUGGCAUCGGCAGAUACAAUGACAUGACCUACAUCUUCGACCUGCUCAACCAGAACCACCGCUUCGAGAUGCUGCUCAGGAAAAAAGUGGAGUCGGUAAGAGGCGCAUACACACAGAUCUGUCUCUCUGUUACACACAAACACAGAAACUGCACACACACAAACACAGAAACUGCACACACACAAACACAGAUAGAGAUCUCGCUUCCCAAAACAGUCUCAGUUGAAACAAACCAGGUCUGACAGAACACCCACAGAGACACAACAGACCUGCCAGACAGAGAGAGGCAUCUAGUCAUUGUAUUUCAGUGGAGACGGGAGAUAUAUAUAUCACAGGGGUUGUGUACAUGCUGUUUUCGGAGAACACCAUGCUUUAGAUGUGUAGGAGUGUCUCGGAGUACCAGAAUGAGGACAAUAGAAAAUGAUAUUUUCCUUUCACGUAGUCCUUUCCAGCACAGCUCCAGCAACUAUGGUGGAUGUGUGGCCUGCCCAGUACCGCUCGGCUUGGGUCAGUUCGUCUCAGCUCAGUAAUGUGAAAGGGGUAUAAAAGUUUGUGUGCUUGUAGUGCACUUGUUUAUACGUACAGUAUGCUAGUAUCUAAACUGUGUGUGUGUGUGUGUGUGUGUGUGUGUGUGUGUUGCAGAACUUCCGUCUGAAGACGGCCCUGCUGGACUACAUCAAGCGGUGUCUGCCGGGGGACAGUGAGAAAUACAACAUGGUGGCCCUGUGCUUCAGCAUGUGCAGAGAGAUUGGCGAGAACCACGAGGGAGCCGCCCGCACCCAGCUCAAACUGAUAGAGUCCCAGCCUUGGGGUGAGCUAUGACAAGGCCUACAGUUAUAGUAUGAGGAGGACUACAGUUACAGUAUGACAAGCACUACAGUUACAGUAUAAAGUCAGACAUACUAUAUACAGUGGGGAGAACAAGUAUUUGAUACACUGCCGAUUUUGCAGGUUUUCCUACUUACAAAGCAUGUAGAGGUCUGUGAUUUUUAUCAUAGAUACACUUCAACUGUGAGAGACGGAAUCUAAAACAAAAAUCCAGAAAAUCACAUUGUAUGAUUUUAAAGUAAUUAAUUUACAUUUUAUUGCAUGACAUAAGUAUUUGAUCACCUACCAACCAGUAAGAAUUCCGGCUCUCAUAGACCUGUUAGUUUUUCUUUAAGAAGCCCUCCUGUUCUCCACUCAUUACCUGUAUUAACUGCACCUGUUUGAACUCGUUACCUGUAUAAAAGACACCUGUCCACACACUCAAUCAAACAGACUCCAACCUCUCCACAAUGGCCAAGACCAGAGAGCUGUGUAAGGACAUCAGGGAUAAAAUUGUAGACCUGCACAUGGCUGGGAUGGGCUACAGGACAAUAGGCAAGCAGCUUGGUGAGCAGGCAACAACUGUUGGCACAAUUAUUAGAAAAUGGAAGAAGUUCAAGAUGACGGUCAAUCACCCUCGGUCUGGGGCUCCAUGCAAGAUCUCACCUCGUGGGGCAUUGGCGUAAGAAGCAUCUCAAGGUCCUGGAGUGGCCUAGCCAGUCUCCAGACCUGAACCCAAUAGAACAUCUUUGGAGGGAGCUGAAAGUCCAUAUUGCCCAGUGACAGCCCCAAAACCUGAAGGAUCUGGAGAAGGUCUGUAUGGAGGAGUGGGCCAAAAUCCCUGCUGCAGUGUGUGCAAACCUGGUCAAGACCUACAGGAAACGUAUGAUCUCUGUAAUUGCAAACAAAGGUUUCUGUAUCAAAUAUUAAGUACUGCUUUUCUGAUGUAUCAAAUACUUAUGUCAUGCAAUAAAAUGCAAAUUAAUUACUUAAAAAUCAUACAAUGUGAUUUUCUGGAUUUUUGUUUUAGAUUCCGUCUCUCACAGUUGAAGUGUACCUAUGACAAAAAUUACAGACCUCUACAUGCUUUGUAAGUAGGAAAACCUACAAAAUCGGCAGUGUAUCAAAUACUUGUUCUCCCCACUGUAUUUGUGAUGCAUAUAAAGAACAUGGUAUAGUGGCUGAGGUCAAUUCAGUUUUCAAUUCAGGAAUUGAAAUUCAAUUCAUGAAUUGAAACAUCCUCAUAGAAAACAGUAGACAAUUUUCAUUUUAAGAAUGAAAUGUCAAUUCUUUAGUCGAAAACUGAACUGACCCCAACCCUGGUGUCAAGGGAUGUGUAUUUCAAUAUUGUAGUAUCUUUCCUGUUGUAUAGAGGGCAACUUCUUAAAAUAGACUGUUGUGAAGUUUUUCUGUUGCAACUUUAUUUGCACCUGAAUGUAACCUGUGUAUGAGUAAUAGACACAAACUCAAUGAAGAGCUACAGGAUUGCUCUGCUGUCUCGAUACAUUUGUGGAUAUGCAGACAGUGUUUUUCACUCACUCCCUGUUUAUCCCAUAACAGCAGUGACCCCUGAACUCAAAAGUGCCUUGAUAAAGGUUCUUACUCUCCUGAAGGAUGCUGCAGAGAGCUAUUCUAAGGUAUUGUUAUCCCUCACUAUCAAACAAAGUUUAGUGUUGACUGACGUCGGUUCAAUUACUUGAAUUACGUUUAGUUUUUUUUGUGAGCUCAACACGCCGUUUUUCUAGAGAGAAAACAAAUUAUUCACAUGAGAAAUUAAGUCAAUAACUAUAUGGGACGCUGGGCUGAAGGGAGUUGUAGUUUUCAUUAAGCAAAUAUUCAACCUAGUUCAGCGCAGAAUUGUGGUAAUUGACUACAAUGACCUGUUCUUUCCGGCUCGGACAGAGAUGGAUACACUUUUACGGCUGCUGCAUUAGAUUAGGUACACACAGACCUCAUACACCGCCGCAUGAGAGAGGAAUGUACACAACACUACGACGAGAGAGAGGGAUAGAGACAGUUCGUGAAGUAUGCCUUAUCUACUUUGAAAAACAAGUAAUUAUUGUCAGACAGCUCUGCAGCAUACUUAGGCAGGCUAGCCUAGCUAAUUAAGAUGGCUAAAGACAGUACAGUCUGGGGAGAACAGAGAUAACGUUAGAUGGUUGUGUGGCUGGCUGGCUGCUACUGCCUUAGCAGAGAUGAGAUGAUGACUUUAAGGAAUGAAAAAUUAUAGUAAUCAAAUAAAACUAAGUCAUAUUUUAUUAUUUCCUAUUUUUCUUUGUGGACCUGACAGAGACAAUGGAAUAUUUUCAAUGUUUUGGCAAUUGAAUGUUCACUAUUUUUGACUUUGGAAUUUCUAUAACAAAGCUCUAAUCAUGUUUGUCAUGAUUUCAUAAUGCAUUUAAUGUUGUUUAAAAAAAAUCUAAACCUAAAUCGAAAACCGUGAUCUUUUUUGGGGGAAUCUAACCGAAACUGAACAGAAUUGAAAAAGCACUAAUGGCUGAGCACUACCACCCACUCUGAAAAUGUGCUUUGGUGAUGAAAUUUCACUUCUUUAUGUUAUAAAAUACAUUUUACCAAGACAAAUAAUAUUAUUAAUGUUCUAAGUCGUUCAGUGGGGUAUUUCACUAACAUUUCAUUAACAGUAUAUCCAAAUAGUCGGAUUUCGUAACCUAAUACAUUUGAUAAUAAUCACUGAGCUCUGUUGACGAGCGGUGCAGCUUUCUCGCAGCAACUUUUGAGGAUUGUACAUGUUGUAGUGGUCAUCUUCAAAGUUGUUUCUACGAGUCGCAAAAAGAUAAAUUAGCAUGGCACAAGCUGAAUUAAAUGUGAAAGGAUUUGAAAAUAAAAAGCUUACGGUACGCUCAGUGCUCCGUUGACAUUUCACAGAGAUACGCUUGUUUUUGUGUGAAAUAUACUAAACAGGAAUUUCACAUUAAUAUGAAAGUACUACAUGUCAUUUCUCAAUUGAUAUCUAUCGUACCUCUAUAUUGUUUUAUGUCCUGCGGAUUUGAGUAAAAAGAUAACGAGUUCAAUGGUAAAGUUGAAUCUGUGGCAAUCAUUCUCGCACAUCAACCAGCCUAGCUGACGCGAUGCUGUGCAAUUUUUUCCCUGGCCUCCAUUGAUUUAGUCACCCUAACCCGGAGGUUUGGACCUGUGUGGGUGCCUUAUUUUGCGCAGAGGGAGGGAGCUCCCGUCUCAUGGUGUCUACCAGGCUUGUUUUUUGUGCAUCGUUCGCUUUCCCCUCACUCAUAAACUCUCCCAUUCUCCCCCUUUCCAUGCUUCAUAAAAAACAGGUGUAGACUAACAGUGAAAUGCUUACUUAUUGGUUCUUUUCCAACAAUGCAGAGUUAAAGAUAAAAAGAUAAUAGAAAUAGUGACACAAGGAAUAAAUACAGUGAAUAAUUAAUAACAAUAAUGAGUAAAAAAUAACAUGGUACCAGUACCAGUACCGAGUUGAUGUGCAGGGGUACGAGGUAAUUGAGUUAGCUAUGUACAUAUAGGUAGGGGUAAAGUGACUCCAGUUCUGUUUGUGAUAUAGAAAUUCUAACGACAGUGUGUUAUAUAGACUUAUUUAGGAAAAGUCAAGGAUGAGGGGUCAUUACUUAAAAAAUAGCAGAGUAAUACAAAAUGUAAAUUAGUUUUGCGUCAUUAUUAUCUCGGCCUUUCUAGUGUUCAUUGAACGUGAGUAAUAGCCUUGUAGUGGAGAUAAACACUUGCUGUGUGUGUGUACGCGUGCACGUGUGUGUGUGUACGCGUGCACGUGUGUGUGUUCUCCCUCAGGACUCAUGUGUACGCCAGGCAGCACGUUGUGUCAAAAUGGCAAAGCUGACCACACUCCAGCUCCACUUCCUAAACCACGGUCAAGACCAACGUGUCAUCAACCUGUGCCAAUCAGAUCUCCUUGGUGCUAUAGUGGCACUGCCCCGCUGUUACCAGGUAAUGGCACUAAAUGUAAUCGUGGUACACUAAAUCAGUUAUCCAAAUGCUAGACUUGAAGUACCGGCACUAUUGUAACAGUGGUAGGAAAAAUCAAUUAUCACAGUCUUAGACUUGGGAAGGAUGUACUGAAAUGUAGAUUGAUUCCCAGUAGUAUGUCAUAAUGAGAUGUAGCUAAGCUUAUUUGAACCUAUUAUUUUAAACUGUGUUGUUUCUCCUGUCUCUAGGCUUUUGUGUUGUCGGAGGCCUACGACUACAGUCCAGACUGGGCGGAGGUGCUCUACCAGAAGGUCAUCCUCAGUGGAGACUUUGCUUACCUAGAGGAGUUCCGACUUCACAGGCCACUCCCCGCCUCCCUGUUUGAAGACAUAUCCAAAAAGUAAUAUGUGUGUUUAAAUGUUUAUUAAAUGUGUCACUUGUAAGGUUGCAAAAUUCUAGGUUUUUCAGAAAUCCCAGUUGGAGGAUUACCAGAAUCAGGAGGGAAUAUCUUCUUGCUGAUAUUAACCAUUGGUCUGGUCCUACCUUUCAGAUUGACUCACAAUACACCUCCGAGCAGUGCGGGCCAGAACCUGAAGAGACUACUGCAACACUGUGAUGACGUUUACACCUACUACAAGCUUGCGUAUGAACACAAGUUCUUCGACGUGGCCAACAUGUUACUUCAGGACUCCAAAACAAGCAGUUACCUAAAUGACAGGCUAGGUACUAGGUAG